GGGUCCCGGGGGAUGUUCGGGGGUCCCGGGAGAUGUUCGGGGGUCCCGGGGGGUCUCACCCCCGGUGCCCCCAGCCCUGAUGUACCUGCCGGACGGGUCGGCGCUGCCGCUGCCGCUGGAGCCGCCCCCGGGCCCCACGGCCGCGGAGCUGCUGCGCCGCCUGCAGGGGGCGCUGCGCCUCCCGCCCGCCGCCGGAGACGCCCUGGCGCUGUGGCUGGGGUCGGAGCUGCUCGAGGUGCAGCUGAAGCCGCGGCACCGACCCCUGCGCCUGGUCCGGCACUGGCCGGAGCUGCUGCUGCGCUUCAGCCUCGGCUCGCCCGCGGCCAUCGCCCAAGAUGAGCCAUGUCUGCAGCUGCGCAGGAACGUGUUCUUCCCUAAGAGCCGCGAGCUGGAGCUGCAGGAGGAGGAGCUGCUCCGGUUGCUCUAUGAGGAGGCGCGGGAGCAGCUGAGGGGGGGGCGCUACCCCGUGGACCCCCCCGAGGCGGCCGAGCUGGGGGGGCUCAGCUGCCGCCUGCGCCUGGGGCCCUUCGAGCCCGGCCGGCACACAGAGCUCAGCCUGCGGCCGCUGCUGGGGGAGCUGCUGCCGCCGGGUCCUCCAGCCCGCUGGGGGUCGCUGUUCCGGCGCUCGCGCGAGCCGGGCCCCGCCCAGCGGCUGCUCGAGGCGUUCGCGCGUGCGCCGGGCCCCGAGGCUCCCCCUGCCGGAUUGUACCGGGACUUCCUGCGCCGCUGCCACGCCCUGCCCGGCUACGGGUGUGCCUUCUUCCCGGGAGCCAUUGAGCGGCCGUCGGGGGGGCUGCUGGCCCGGGGGGGGCUGCGCCCCGUCAGCGUGGCCGUGGGGCUCGAGGGGGUCACCAUCAUCGACCCCCGCCAGAAGCACGUGCUGCUGUCCCUGACGUACCCCGAGCUGUGCUGGGAGCUGGUGGGGGCCGUGGGGCAGGACGGGGACCCCGCGGGGCAGGACGGGGACCCCACGGAGCCCCCCCAGCUGUGGCUCGAGUUCGAUGGGGACCACGAGGGAGCCCCCGUGAACCGACUGCUGCGCGUGUUCUCCCCGCAGGCGGAGCUGAUGAGCGCCCUCAUCGAGUGCUGCAUCGAGCUGGGCGGGGCGGCCCCGCCCCCCGAGGAGCAGGCCCCGCCCACCGCCGCCGCAGCGGCCACGCCCCCCGAGGCGACCGGCGCGCGUGGCGCCCCCUUGCGGCGGCAGGAGAGCGUGACCCGGCCCCGCCUGCAGCGCCUCGCGACCAUCGACUACGUGCGGGAGGGUGCGACAGGCGACAGCGGGGACUUGGGGACAGCGGGGACAUUGAGGACAUGGGGGACAACCGGGACAUGGGGACAAGGGGGACAUCUGGGACAUGGGGGGCAGCAAACGUAA